UUUUGGCGCCAAAUCGCCAAAUUCCCCAGCCCACGCGGGUCUCGCUGCUGCUGCUCGGGGGAUCUGCUGCAACCAUGAUCGGGCAGCGCACGCUGCUCUCCUUCUUCGGCACCGCGCCCGCCAGGAAGCGCAGCCGCUCCCCGGAGCCGGGCGGGGAUGAGGAGGCCGGUGCCGCCACCAAGAAGGCGAAGGCUGAAGGGAGCGAGGCGGGCGCGGCCUCGCCGCUGAGCCCCGAGCAGCUGGAGCGGAUCCGCAGGAACAAGGAGGCGGCGCUGCAGCGGCUGGCGGACCGCAACGUGCCGCCGGGCUUCGGGGAGAGCUGGCGGAGGCAGCUGGCCAAGGAGUUUUCCAAGCCCUACUUCAUGGAGCUGAUGGCCUUCGUGGCGGAGGAGAGGAAGCGGCACACCGUGUACCCACCCCCGGAGCAGGUCUUCACCUGGACGCAGAUGUGCGACAUCAGGGAUGUGAAGGUUGUAAUCUUGGGACAAGAUCCGUAUCAUGGACCUAAUCAAGCUCAUGGGCUCUGUUUCAGUGUCCAGAAACCUGUUCCACCUCCGCCCAGUUUAGAAAAUAUUUACAAGGAGCUGUCUAAUGAUAUUGAAGACUUCACUCACCCCGGUCAUGGAGAUCUAACAGGGUGGGCCAAGCAAGGCGUGCUCCUGCUCAACGCUGUCCUCACGGUGCGAGCUCACCAGGCCACCUCCCACAAGGAGAAGGGCUGGGAGCAGUUCACAGAUGUGGUGGUGUCCUGGCUGAACAAGAACUUGGAUGGCGUUGUCUUCAUGCUCUGGGGAGCCUACGCGCAGAAGAAAGGCAGCUCUAUUGACAGGAAGCGCCACCACGUCCUGCAGACGGUUCAUCCUUCGCCUCUCUCCGUGAACAGGGGCUUUUUUGGCUGUCGGCAUUUCUCUAAGACAAACGAAUUGCUGAAGAAAUCUGGCAAGAAGCCCAUCGACUGGAGAGCGCUCUGAGCAUGAGCUGUGGGGUCUGGUGGUCAGAAACAGCCCGUUUCAAGGGUUGUCUGGUUUCUGUGGAACUUCUGCUGACCUGAGAUUAUUCUCCUGAUGUUGUUCAAGGAACAGAAGACCUGACUCUCAGAUCUUCUGUUUUAAGAGCAAAUUUGAAUGUUAUAUGGACUGUCUGACUACUUUUUGAACAGAUUUCAGCCUGGUUUGAAACAAAAACAGCUUCAUGGUAAUUUGUGUUUGUUAUGAUGGGAAAAUGUUUGCUUGUGAAGGGAUGUAAAUUGUUACAGGUUAAGCUGUUCAGCUUUUGUAAAUAAUGCCUUGCCUUACCUCCUCCUCCUUGGCAUUUUGCUGUGCAAAUCUGGAUUUCUUUUUUUGGGGAGAAACUAGAGCCACGCUGAUUCCCCUUGUGAGAGAAGAAGUUUUUUUCCCCUUUUUGCUACAGAUGCAAGAUUGAUUAGAAACACAAGUUCUUGGGACUGUUAAUACACUGUCAGAGGCUUCACUCACUGUGUCUGUCCUCAAGGUUUCAGGGCUGACCUGCCCAGCAGCCAAGGGCAGCCUGUGACCAUCACUCCGGUCAUGUUCUGAGCUUUUUGUUCCCAAAGGAAACAUGCCCUUUGAAGGGGGAACUACGGGUUUUUUUUUUAGACUCUGUUCUGCGUUAAUCACUUGGAUGACAGGUAAGCUGGGAUGAUGAUGAACCCUGGGGUGAUCCUGUAUGGAGUGUACCACUGGAGCUGGAUCACUGGAUAUCCUGUAAAAUCAGAACAUAAGAUAUGAAAGUGGUCUCAAAAAAAAUCUGUACUCCCUCCUGAGUGGGGAUUUUCCUGCAGAUCUCCCUGUCGGAUGACUGACUUCAACAAGUCUUGUCCAUCAAGAUUUGCCAGUUGAUGGGCUGAAGGUUUCAGAUCUUUUAAGAUCUUAAUGCAGAGAUAGUUUUGUGCUUUGCCUUCACAGAAGUAAAACGAGGUUUCUAGCCACUGUAGAAAAUAACUCAUCGUCACUCCAGGCAGAAGAUGAGGACUUGUUGCUUCUGGGU